AUGGUUGGCCGACGCUCGCGCCACACACAGAACGGUGACCUGACUGAGCCUCUGAACACUGGAGAAGCGUCGGACAGCGAGAGUGCAAGUCAACGUGAGUCGAACUCAAUCGUCCGUCGAUCUCAGCGCAAAGGAACAACUGGGAGUGUGGGCAGCGAUGAUUUUGCUGAAAAAGCUGCAAAGCUUCGCAUCGACUUUGACAGUAACCAUAAAAGUGCAUUGAAGCAGCAGCGCCUCUCACGGGAGUUCCGAUUCAAUGCGCAAUUGGCGCUGCGCGUGGCUGUUGGAGUUCUGAUAGCAUCGUCCAUUCAGACUCGUGUAUCGGACUACGAUCCGUCUGAUACUGACGGAAAGAAGUGGGUGUUGUUCCCUUCGUGGUACUAUCUCGGUGGUUUGAGCUACUGCGCUAUUGCCGUGAUAUUCACGACGGGGAAAACAAUUGGUAGCACACUCAUGAUUGUUUGGCAAGCAUUUCUCGGCGUGGGUAUGGCACUUGUAUACAGCAUCAUACUUUUCGCUUGUAUGGAUGUGCAUACACAAGAUACCAAUGCAGAAGAUCCUUACGACGGGUAUAUCGAGAUCGACCAGGCAUUUUCCUCCAGUACCUACUGGGUGAAUCUACACGAUUUCUACACGACGUUACCCUGGAUGAUAAUCUUCACGGUGGCAAUUUUGGUAUUUCCAUUAGCUGCAACAACCAAAAAAUUUGCCGUGGCCAAUAACCUCUACUUCAUUCUAACGAUCAUUAACCCAGCGGAUCCAAUCGAUGGAUCAGGACUCAAAACUUCUGAUGACCCGAGCUUCCGCACAGCCAACAUUCUUCACAACCUGGAAGUCUAUUUCCUUAUAGGCAUUGUCGGCUCACUCGUUUCGCUUGUCAUCAUGUUUAUCCCAUAUCCAAUCUUCGCCAUUAAUCGACUGCGGAAGGACUCUACACGAGCAGCUGAAGACAUUCUUGACUUGUUGAAUAUCAUCAUCGACUCGUACUGCUUCAAGAACAAGAAUGUGGAUCACAUGAAUUUUCUUAAACUGAAGCUUCAGCGCAAAUUUGACGCCGCAGCAGCCCGUCAUCGCCGUAUGGAUGCUCUGCUGGUAGAUGCGUGGUGGGAGCAGUCAUUUGGAUUACACUACUUGCUCGGAUUCCACCGCCCGAUCAUGUUCAACUACGUGAAACUCGUGGGGUCGUUGAUUUCGGAUUUGCGCACGCUUAGCUACGCGAUGCAACUGGAAAAAUAUGACCACCUCCACUUCACGUACAUGAAGGUGUUACAGCGCGAGAUCUACAUCAUUCAGAUGCGCUCAGGUGAUCUUCUCCACGAAAUUGCACGAGAAGUGCAGUCAGCAUCACGCGAGGUGAAGCUUGUGUCGAUUCCUCGCCUCGAGGCACAAAUGGAGACAACACUGCAUCGUUACCGCUCGACGCAGAAUCGAACUCUGCGCACAUAUCCAGUUACACUCGAGGAAAUGGCGGGGAACGUGCCACUGAACAUUUUCCUCUUUUCACUCAACUCGUUCUGCAGCACCAUGGUCGGCUUCCAGGAAAUUCACAACCGGAAAAUCUACACAGAUGCCCAUCGAAUCCGUUCAUUCCUCAUAGCUUCGGUCAGGAGUUUCUUCAAGGUAUCCCACUACACCAACGGACACGCCAUGCUGAGUGCCUUCAGAGGUUCCGUGGCCAUUAUUAUCGGUAUCUUCUUGUCGGUGUAUGUCUAUGGCUUCAACUCGACAGUUCCUAGCACUGUGGCAUAUGUGUUGGGCAAUUAUCUUGGAGGAUCAUUCAGAGCGACAGUGAACCGUGUUGGCGGCGUCGUGGCCGGCAGCGUCGUUCCCUCAGUGUUCCAGUAUUUUAUUGCUCAGAUUUGCGACCCUCGAUACCUCAACGUGGUACUUUCGAACGUUGUGCUUUUCGUCUGGCUUUGUAUCUCCAUGUACGUCUGCUAUGCUGGUGGCUACAGUUCGUACGCUGGUUUAGUAUCGGCUUUCGUGUCGACUGGAAUACUAAUGCGCCAGUCUGACGUGUGCUAUUCGAAUGCAUCGGACAAUGCCGCAUCCAUCGCGAUCAGUUCGUACUCUAGCCUCGCACAAACCUCAGUAGGCAUCGUGCUGUUCAUCAUCGUGGAGCUCAUGAUUUACCCCAAAAGCGCGAUGUAUUUGCUACGACGGAAUAUCCAAAAAACGCUCCGACUACAACUCGAAGCGUUUGAAGUACUAUUCGGCCACCACUUGACAAAGUCCAGCACGAUGGACUCAGAAACGAUGGAACAUCUCCGUGAGAUUCUACAAGUCAAGAUCCCGGCUAAACACGCUAGACAAACAGCUUUGCUGGCCGAAGCGCAAGCUGAGCCGCUCAUGUGGAGACCGGCGUUUUCGACUCCAAAAUAUGAAAAAGUUCUUGAAAGUUCGCGUCGACUACUCAACAACAACACGCUACUGUUCAAACUAGUGCGGUGGUUCAAUUUCCGAGUUGAACACAACCGAGUUCAACUCAAUAGUGUCGAUAUUCGCGACACCGUCUCCUCCAUUGACGACAAGAGUACAAAUGCAAAAUGGCAGCAUGCAACAAACCAAUUCCAGACUGCAGUGACUGACUCGUUCAAGACGUUGGAAAUGCUUUUUAGCGACGCCUUUUUGUACUCGGAACCGGACCAAACCGCCAUCUUCAUGCAGAUGAAGGAGGCCUUCCGUCUUGCAGACAAAGACUGUAGCGGUGCGAUCGAUGCGGACGAAGUUGCAGAUAUGUUGGAGACCAUUUUCGCCCAAUCUGGGGCUGUAGACCAAGGCGAGAUCCACAAAUACGUCGAGGAAUUCAUGCGUGUGGUCAACAAGGACAACAGUGGCUUAGUGUCGUUCGAAGAGUUCGUAGAGGCGCUGGAGAAUGGCCUCAAGCUUGAGGUUGAAGUGUACACACGACGCAAACCCAAGGCCCCAGCACUAGUAGCGAGACGUGAGAAUAUGCUGGCGGCUAUCAAUGAGGAUGAGGCGGGCGAUGAGAGCGAGAACGACGUUCCAAAGAUCGCCAACGUUGAAGCUGGUGAUAAAGUGCCACCUUCAGCGGACGCGAAAGUGAAUAAUUCUCGAGCACCAAUGCCUUCGCGUGAAAGUUUUCGGAGGUCAUCACAAGCUUCGUCGGUCGACAAAGGCAAACGAGCGUCGUCGGCUGCGUCAUCAGCCCCGAUGUGUCGUGAACACGAUGUCCUGAAUGUGGAGGACUUUUCGAGUAGUGACAUCGCGGCGCAGAUGAAGACUGCGUAUGUGGAGUGGCUACUAGAAGAGCGUCGGUACGAGAAGGUAUCGAUGGAGGAGCUUUUAUUACUUAACUGCCUUGUAUGUGGCGCUGAAGGCAUUGCCAAGAGCCUCACAGAGAUGGCGGAGAUCGUUGUCGCAUCCUAACAGUAAAGACAAAGUACCACAUAAAUAUUUGAUGAAACAAUAUAUUUUUGAUGACGAUAGUA